CCCUGCGUCCAAUAAUUUGCCCUCUAUUUUCUGUACUUCUCCUCAAAACGAGCUCUCCUCAUUUCGCGAGCCUCCUCCCGUUGUUGGCGAUUCUUAGGAUCGCAUUCUUUUCCCGACAAAUUCCCGCUGGAAAAGCCCUGAUCUUGACCCGCUCGCGUCGCAAAGGCGUGGAUUUGGCUCCCUGUGAUCCAGAUAAGUGCCGUCUUUCUUCCCUUCCCGACUGGUUUCUUGGGUUUUCUUGGUGUGUCACUAUGGGCGCCGUGAUUUAAAGUCAGGCCGAGCGGUUUCUUGUAGGACUCCGUUUACGAUACCAGGGUAGAAGAUUCACAUGCUCGUCGCGGUCGAUUUCAUGUCUUCUUUUGCGUAAAGCUGUGUUCCUUUUGUGAUUUUCCUUCCUGUGCUUGCUGCCGCUAGGGUUUGGCACUUCCGAGAACCAAUAUCUUUUAGAUGAUUUAGUUUGUUCUGAAGAAAUCAGUAGGUGCUGCAAGAAAGUUGGAAUCUUGAUGUUAUUACCAUUGAAUUCUGAAAAAGUUGGAGAAAACUGUCGCUUUGCAAGGAAGAAUUGCUAAUAGAUCUUUAUAAAAUUGUACAAUUCGAGUUCUCCUGAGUGAAACAAGGAAGAAGUUGGACGAUACUGAAUGGGAACUUUUGUUCCUGAAGGACACCAGAUGGAGGGAAAUUACCCGGCUGGGAGCAUGAUGCCAGGAGCUUCUUAUGGUGUGCUAGGUUUGCAAGGGAACAUGCACAUGCGUCAAGGCUCGAUGAUCCAAGCGCCAAUGCUUGAUGCUUUCCCUAUGUCAGACAACCAGUUGCAGGAAUCUGACUAUCAAGCAGGGGUUUCAGUGAUGGGCUAUAACAAAGGCAAGGUUGGUAAGACCUCCAUGAGUGAUGAUGAUGAGCCGAGCUUCACCAAGGAUGGAACUGAUGGUCAAAUUGAUGCAGGCAAAGGAGAGAAAGGCUCCUCGUGGCAGCGGAUGAAGUGGACCGAUGCAAUGGUCAGGCUUUUGAUAACCGCGGUUUCUUACAUAGGGGAAGAUGUUGCGUCUGAGUGUGGUGGAAGGAGGAAGUAUGCCAUACUGCAGAAAAAGGGAAAGUGGAAGGCCAUAUCUAAAGUUAUGGCUGAGAGAGGGUGUUAUGUAUCGCCUCAGCAAUGUGAAGAUAAGUUCAAUGAUCUCAAUAAGAGGUACAAGAGGCUCACAGAUAUUCUUGGUAGGGGCACAUCUUGUAAGGUUGUGGAGAAUCCAGCACUUUUGGAACAUAUGAAUAUCUCUGAAAAGUUGAAGGAGGAUGCGAGGAAGAUCUUGAGCUCAAAGCAUCUGUUCUAUGAGGAAAUGUGCUCAUAUCAUAAUUGUAACCGGUUGAAUUUACCUGAAGACCCAGCACUUCAACGAUCACUGCAGCUGGCACUUCGAAUUAGAGAUGAGCAUGACACAAAGAGGAGCUCGCUUGAAGAUGUUGAUGAAGAUGACCAAAGUGCUGAUAGCGAUGACGAGGAAGGUGAUGCCGAAGAGCACAAUGCUGUGCAUGGCUUCCCAAAAAGGAUGAAGCUUGGGGUGAACCAUGAAGAACUGGCUUUUUCGAAUUGUUCUGGUUCACGAGAUUGUAACAGAAGCCUCCACCCUCAAGGUUUAACUGUAGAUAUGAACCAAGUUUUUUCAGAAGGAUCCAAGUCCGCAAUGAUACCACAGCAGUGGGUUAGUUCUUACCCAAUUCAGCUUGAAGAGAAGAGACUGCAUAUUCAAGCUCAGAUGUUGGAGCUUGAGAGACAACGUUACAAGUGGCAAAGGUUUAGUAAGAAGAAAGACAGAGAACUAAACAUCAUGAGGAUGGAAAAUGAACGAAUGGAGCUGGAGAAUAAACGCUUAUCCCUUGAACUACAAAAGAAAGAAUUAGAGUUGAAUCUUACUUUGAAGAAAACCCAGUGAUGCAAAAUUCUUUGGAGGAAAAUAUGGAAUUUCAAGCAUUCAGUAUGGUAAGCUUAGGUGAUGCAAGGAACUAGCUUGUAGUAAAGCCUCUUGUAUGGUGUUUUUGCAAGUCAGUGUACCAAUAGGGUUUUUUUAUGAUAGCUGUCAACUGUCUUUUCCAAAAGGCUGAAUUCCUAUUUCUACCUUUAUAUUUGCAACUAUUGGAAACUUGGAGAUUGAAUGGGUUUAUCAUCUGUUA